GAGCUAAAAAAGAGACAAAAAUAAAAAGACUGCCUGAGGAGAAGCAGCGCCGCAGAACACCAAAAAAGGGACCCCCUCCCCUGAGCUUUUUCUACUGGACCAUUAGAACAAAAGACCCAUCUUCUUCUGCACUCUAAGACCAAAAACCAACAGCAGCUCCCUCACCUCGUCUCACUUCGCCGCUGCCGUACCUCCGACGAACCACCACUGUUUCACCAUUUUUCUGUCUAAUCUCCUCACUCGGUUCUCUCGCUCACAGAUCCGAAGAAAAAAAAAGUUUCAGUUCUUCUUAGUUUCAAUUUGACUCCAAAUUCGAAAAUACACAAAGAUUCCAAGUUUCCACUCUAAUUUUGAGUUCCGAAAACAUGGAGGUUAGCUGAGGACGACAGACUGUUCGUGAGGUUCAAGUUCGUUGGUACCGAAUCAAUUUCUACUGUUGUCUUGCUCGCUUGCUACUGGAGGUUCGAAUUCCAGCGCCAGAUUUGCUUGUAAUAGCUUCCAAACAGAAGUAAUUGAAAAGCUCUUAUUCAGUUGAAAUUUCAUCUAUUUACUGGCAACAAAGGAUUCCUUCUUUUGUCUUGUGAUAAAGCAUCAAGAAUAAUAUAUCGUGGGACACAUAACAGACUACUCAGUCCACGCCGUAGAAUAAUUGGAGUGGAAGCAAAAAGCAAAUAAGCUCUGCACUCUUAGAGGAGUCUGCCCUCAUCUCCAACGAAAAAGAAGCAAUGUGGAGGCACUAUCACCUGCUAGUUCUGAGGUUAUGUCUUUGAUUAGCAAAUGCUUAACAACUUCUGCUGAACCAUCAUUUUUACUGUCCAUACCGCUUCUGAAUCUGUUGAGAGCGUGCAGAACUGUCAAAAACCUUCAGCAAGUCCACACCCACAUAAUCCAAAAAGGCUACGAGCAAGACCAUUUUAUCAUCAACCAGUUUAUAUCGCUCUGUAACACCUUUUCCUCCGAUGUCUCUUAUGCGACAAGUGUAUUUGAGCGUGUCAUUCAGCCCAAUGUUUAUGUCUGGAAUACAUUGAUUAAAGGGUAUAGCAAACAUUCAUCCUUUGCUGAUUGCUUCCUUAUCUUGAAACAAAUGAAAAGAAGUAUGAAUGUGAUACCUGAUAAGUAUACUUUUCCUUCGCUGGUCAAAUCUUGUUCUAGUGCCUUGGCUUUGAGGGAUGGUCAGGCCGUUCAUGGGUUGAUAGUUAGAUACGGAACUGAUAGCGAUGUAUUUGUAGGAUCCAGCUUGAUUGAUCUUUAUGGGAAGUGCAAUCAGAUUGAGUAUGCACGUAGAAUCUUUGAUGAAAUGCCUCUAAGGAAUGAGGUUACAUGGACUGCUAUGGUUGUUGGCUAUAUAUAUUUUGGUGAUUUAUCGCAAGCAAGUAAAUUAUUUGAUGAAAUGCCCCAUAAAAAUAUAGCCUCGUGGAAUGCAAUGAUUAGUGCAUUCGUGAAGUUUGGUGAUUUGCUUAGUGCCAGGAAAUUGUUUGAUAGUAUGACUGGCAAAGAUGUGGUAUCUUUUACUACUAUGAUUGAUGGUUAUGCUAAGGCUGGUGACAUGGCAUCAGCGAGGUUCUUGUUCGAUCAGCCUUUUGACAGAGACAUAAUAUCCUGGUCUGCUUUGAUAUCUGGGUACGCUCAGAACGGGCAGCCCAAUGAAGCUCUCAAAAUUUUCCAUGAAAUGUUGUCAAUGAAUGUUAGGCCAGAUGAGUUUAUAAUGGUAAGUUUGAUGUGUGCGUGUUCCCAAUUAGGUCGCCUGGACUUGGCAAAUUGGGUAGAACAUUAUAUGAGCCAGAAUUCAUUUGAUCUUAAUCAAGUGCAUAUAGCUGCAGCCCUUGUGGAUAUGAAUGCUAAAUGUGGGAAUAUGGAAAGGGCGACAAUGCUGUUUGAGGGGAUGCCUAAGCGUGAUCUAGUAUCAUACUGUUCAAUGAUACAAGGCCUGUCUAUUCAUGGUUGCGGUUCUCAGGCUGUAGUUUUCUUUGAUAGGAUGCUGAACGAGGGGCUUGUGCCUGAUGAUGUUUCCCUUAAGGUAAUUCUGACUGCUUGUAGUCGUGCAGAACUUGUUAAGGAGGGUUGCCGCAUCUUUAAUCUAAUGAUAAACAAAUAUCCUGCUAAGCCUUCUCCGGAUCAUUAUGCAUGUGUAGUAGACCUUCUUGGAAGAUCAGGAAAACUUAAAGAUGCGUAUGAACUUAUAAGGUCAAUGCCCACUGAACCUCAUGCUGGUGCCUGGGGCGCACUUCUAGGGGCUUGUAAGCUACACUGUGACAUUGAGGUAGGGGAGGAGGUAUCCCAUAGACUUUUUGAACUUGAGCCUCAAAAUACUGGUAAUUACGUGCUUUUGUCAGACAUCUAUGCUGCGGCAAAUCGGUGGUUAGAUGUUGCGUUGUUGCGUCAGAAAAUGAGUGAGAAGGGUCUUAAGAAGAUACCUGGUUGCAGUUGGGUAUAAUGUGAUGGCAAUUUGUGGACAGUGGACACUCGUUGAACAAGGAACUACAGAAGGAAAUCAAAGUGGAAAAUCCCUUGUUGCAUAAGUGCUGAGUUGAACUAAACCAGUUUCCCAUGAGUCAGGCUGCAUACAUGACUGAAAAUUCAGAUUUUUCGCACAUGGAAUUGGAUAGUUUACUAUUACAGAGAGGCUUGGUCACUUUUAUUAGUGGGACAGAUAAGCAUG